UUUUUUAAGAAAAUGUCUAACUACUUCCUCAUUUCCCUUCUCACUACCUCUCUCUUCCUUGUGGUUACCGCCAUUGAGUCGGGGGAACUGUUUGUCCCCGCCGGCUGCCCUUUGCCCGACCAUAACCUUAAUUACCGGCCAGUCAUCGGGAUUAUCAGUCAUCCCGGUGACGGAGACUCCGGUCGAAUAAAUAAUUCAACCGGAGUGUCCUACAUUGCUGCUUCGUAUGUGAAGCUAGUUGAAUCAGGGGGUGCUAGGGUCAUUCCACUUCUCUUUGAUGAUUCUCCUCAACUUCUCGAUCAAAAACUUAAUCUAGUAAAUGGAGUGAUCUUCCCAGGAGGCUGGGCUAAGAAAGGACACUAUUUUGAGACUAUCAAAGCAAUUUUUAGGAAAGUUUUGGAGAAGAAUGAUGCCGGAGAACAUUUCCCUCUCCUUGUCAUCAACCAUGGAUUUGAGCUUUUGAUGAUGAUUGUAUCCAAGGACAACAACAUUCUUGAGAAAUUCAGUGUAUCAAAUCAGGCAACCAAACUCCAUUUUGUGGAAACUGUAAAUAUUGAAGAUACAGUAUUUGGGAGGUUCCCACCUACAUUAAUAAAGAAGUUGAGUAAAGAAUGCCUUGUGCUACAAAGUCAUAAGUAUGGUUUAUCACCAGAAAAAUUUCAAGCAAAUGAUGAUCUAUCUAGCUUUUUCAUUAUGUUGACUACUAGCACAGACACACGCAACAAGGUCUAUGUCUCUACUCUUAAAGCAGAGAACUAUCCCAUAACUGCUUUACAGUGGCACCCAGAGAAAAGUGCUUUUGAAUGGGGAUCAUCAGCAAUUCCACAUACUGAAGAUGCAGUUCAAGUGACUCAACUUGUUGCCAACUAUUUUGUCAGUGAAGCAAGAAAGUCUUCUAAUAAAGCUCAAAAAGUACUUGACAAUCUCAUCUACAAUUACAAUCCCACUUAUAGUGGAAAGACUGGGAAAGGUUACGAUGAGGUUUACGUUUUCAACAGUCCUGCUGUGAACUCUGUUUAGAUGCAGAGGAAAUGCAUAUGAUCUUACUAAGAGUAUUAGAAUAACUGUGAUGGUAUGAUUAGGUAAUUGAAGAGACAUUUCGAGUUGUAAUUGAAACUAUUCAUGCUUCAAG